AUGGGCUUCGAGAGCGCCUUCCAGGAGAAGUUCGACGCAUCUGUCGACAGGGCCCUUUCCACUGGGCUGCGCGGUGCUUUUGUGGAGGGCUGCACUUACGGGGUUGCCAGUGCCCUCAUCUAUCUCGCUGAAGCCCUUCUAUUCUACGUCGGCGCUGUUCUUAUGGCCCGCGGUACCUAUACCUACCUACAAAUGGUACAAGUCUUGAAUUUGGUGGUGUUCACCGUCUCGAUCGGCUCCCAGCUGAUGGCCUUCACCCAAAGGAUUGCCAAGUCGGUGCAGGCGACCCGAGACUUCAACCGGCUGUUGAAGCUAUCGGCUUUCACAGACGAGUCGCGCGGUGUCCUUCGCCCAACGAUCCAGGGCUCUAUAUCUUUCAAUAACAUUUCGUUCUCCUACCCCGAGCGACCGGAUGUUCCCGUCCUCAAGGAUCUCUCCCUUGAGAUUGCGGAUAACGAAUGUGUCGCUGUUGUCGGCUCGUCCGGCUCGGGGAAAUCUACGCUUACUGCGCUCCUGCAGCGCCUAUACGAGCCUGGCUCCGGGAGCAUCACGGUGGGACUGAAUGAGCUGCGCUCAACUGAGGUCCACCACCUGCGCGAACACGUUGCUGUCGUCAGCCAACAACCUAACCUCUUCGAUGCCACGAUCGCCGAGAACAUCUCCUAUGGCAGCAAGUCGCUCACCCUCGAGGACAUACAACGUGCAGCAAAGGCCGCACACGUACAUGACUUUAUCGAGUCGUUGCCCAAAGGAUACGACACUCUCGUCGGUGAGAACGCCUCGUUGAUCUCGGGCGGGCAAGCACAGCGGCUACAAAUCGCGCGGGCGCUGGCACGACCAGCACACAUACUCAUACUAGAUGAGUGCACUUCCGCGCUGGACGCGGCAAAUCAAGCAGCAGUCAUGGAGACGCUUCAGCGUGCCAAGGUCGGCCGGACGACAAUUGUCGUGACGCACAAGCUGCAGAUGAUGCGCAUGUGCGACAGGAUCUUGGUUCUGCAUGACGGCGUCGUUGCCGAGCAGGGCUCGUACCAGACUCUCAUGGAGAAGCGCGGCGUCUUCUCUCAACUGGCAAGUGGCGGCGAAUGGACGAGCGAUUAA